ACUCAACCUGAUAUACGUCUAAGUGGUGAAAAAAUAUUGGACAAUCAUUGCCACUUUGAAAAUGAAAAGGGAGUGGUAACAUUGCACCCAUCUUCCGAAAGCACAACUAUGGUUAAUGGUCAGCGAAUAGCUAAGCCAAAGAAGUUAAAAUCAGGAUUUCGAAUCAUCCUUGGAGAUUUUCAUGUAUUCAGGUUUAAUAACCCUGAAGAAGUUAGACGUGAACGUGAGAGACAUAGUAAGCCUUCUUUGCAAAUCAAUCCAAACAUCAUGCCUCCUAAUGGAAAUGGGGAUGAUACAAAAGCUCCCGAUUCCCCUACUUCAACGGCUUCUCUCAUGUCGGAGGCCGUUAUUGAUUGGAAUUAUGCACGAAGAGAAGUAGCACUUAACUAUUUGAAUAAUACCGGUGGUCCUGAUGCACCGGCUCUUAGCUCUUUGCCAGACGAAGAUCUUCAGAGACUCAUGGAUGACUUAAAAAAGAUCCAAAGUGCUAGAAAGAUUCGUCCUGAUAGUCGAAGUGGCGAUUUUGAUGACGCUGCAUCAGAAAAAACUGCUUCAAUUGGUACUUUGGACACCCUUGAAGGUCCCGGUACACCAACAGUCGAGUAUGAAGAGAAAAUUAGGGUCAUCAAAGAAGAGUUGCAACGGGACCUUGACAUGCAAAAACAAGAAUAUGAAGAAAAGAUGAAACAGCUAGAAGCAUCAAACAUUGAAACAGAUGUACUAAGAGCCGAGAAAAAACAGAUGGAAGAAAAACUCAAAAUGGUUCAAGAGGAAAUGGCAAGAGUGUUAGAAUCUCAGGCGUAUCCACAAAAAAUGAAACGAUUGUCCGACGCUUCCCAAUAUACUUACUCACCUGAUUCUCCGCCUUAUACAGAAGAACAAUUGCGUCUUAUUAAAAUGGCGCUUACAAAGUGGAGACGUCAGAGAUUUGUUCAAAUGGCAGAAGUCAUACUCAGUAAUGCAGUCAUAUUAAAGGAAGCAAAUGUUAUUAGUAAAGAACUUGGUAAAAAAAUACUUUAUCAAUUUACCAUCAUUGAAGAUGAACCAUAUACUAAUCCCGUAUCAUCUUGGGAGAGUACUUCAGCUUUGAAUCAGUAUAAUAAUAAUGAAGAUACAUCAUUACACUCCUCUAGGAAGCCAUGCAUUGGCGUUAAAGUUAUAGAUACUAAAAAUGAUGUUAUAUAUAUAUGGUCACUCGAUAAACUUAAAAGUCGUCUACAAAAAAUGCGCAAUCUAUAUAACUUUAUCGACCGUCCGCAAUAUAGCAAACAUUUUAAUUGGGAAGACCCUUUUUACGAAAAUCCUUCUCCACAAUAUACUUUUAUAGGUAGUUGUGCUGUGGGUUUGACAUGUUUGCUUUUAAAAAGAGAAUACGAAUGUGAUGCACCAAUUAUUUGCAGAUACUCCGGUGACCUUGCUGGUUAUUGUCGUAUUCGUAUUAAAUUUCUCACAGAAUUUGAAGAAUCAUCUUCGAAGGAUACACCAACAACAGAUGACAAACAAAAAGAAAUAUCUCAGAAAUUGUUGGUUAAUAAAUUGGUUGUUUUUGAGGUUAACAUUAUAGAACUUUGUGGUAUUUCUGAGUCACGGUAUGACCAAGUUCACGUACAGUAUAAGUUAUCUUCUUUUGGGAACGUUGCACCUCUUUCUCCCAGUGAGCAUGUAUAUUACACGGAACGCGCUAAUGAUUUUGGAAAUUCAAAAAUUACCUAUAAUUACAAACAAAAUUUAACUAUGGCUGUAUCUCCCGCUAUGAUGGAGGUACUUACCAAUGGUGUGCUUACUUUCGAAGUAUUUGGUCGCGCAAAACGUAUUGUAUUAGAAGAAUUAGAACAGUGGGAUAAUGAAAAAGAAUGUCCAUCCUAUAGAAGAAACAAUGGAAAUGUUGCACCUGAAUCUUCAGUUCCUAGAGAGAGACGUUCGGAAGAAGAAUUGGUAGCAGAAGAAAAACAUGAUGUGGUUGCAUGGGUUCAGGUUUGCGAACUUGCUUCCACGGGAGAGUAUGUGCCAGUUCAAGUCCUUUCGCAAAAUUCUCUUGAUCCAGGUGCAUUUUUCUUACGACAAGGUCUUCAACGACGUAUUGUUCUAACGUUAACACAUAAUUCUGGUCGACAAUUUCCAUGGACUAAAGUAUCAAAAAUGGAAAUCGGUCGGGUACGGUUACUUGAUGGAAAAGGACGAUUGUCUGAAUCACCAGUUCAGAAUGAUAUACAGAUGAAUUUAUUACCAACACAAACUGUCCAAUUUAAUAGAGAUGGUACUAGUGUUAUUGUAGUCCAAGCAUCCUGGGAUAGUACACUUCAUGAUUCCAUUUUCCUGAACAGAACAACACAUUCUAGUAGUAGAGUUUUAUUAGGACUCACAUGGUACGUUGAAGCCGAAAAAUGUGUAGAGCCGAUAACCUUCUCCAUGGACAUUGCAGUGCAAGUCCAAGGUCGUGAGGCUCGACCACCAUCAAAGUUGAUACAAUUAUUAAAUCAAUCAAAAGUAUUAUGGAAAUCUAGCGGGCUGUUUUCCGUCACACUUAAACCUCCAAUGACUCGAAAAAUUUCCGAACUUUGGCGGCUUAAUACCGCAAAUAAAUAUGUUCGUGGGGAAGAACUCUUGAUAGAGUGGAAACCUCGUGGAGUGUCAUUAGUUAAAGAUUAUAAAAAAAUUAGUGAACUUAUACGUAGAAGGGAAGCAGUUGAUUGUAUGAAACAACUUAUUGAGUUAAAAGGAACAAAGGAAUAUGAGCAACUUAAAAGUUCCGAAGAUUUACGUAAAUAUGUUUUAACACUUUGGACGAAAAAAUGGGGAACAACUAAAGAGGAACAAGGUGUUAUUAACUUGGCAUCGGUUAGAGUUGAUUAUAAGAGAGAUUUAGAGGAUAUGCUUCAG